UUUGCGCGCCAUAAUUUCGUCAUUGUUUCUAGAAGCUUUCAGAAUUCAGAUGAAAACAAAGCAGGGCUGACGCAGCCAGAAAUUGAGCUGAAACACGGAUUCUAGUCUCUGCCAGCAGCAAGAUGAAGCGAAAUCAGCGUGUGCCGUUGCUUGAGACAGCAAGGAAAGGGAACACUUCGGGAAUGGCGACGAGGAGCAAGAAAAACCCGGCGGCCAGCGGAGGCUUUUUUGAAGUUGAGGACGCUGUGCUCUGGCAAGACAGGACGAGCGGCGAGUGGCACGAGGCCUCCAUCGUGGGCGUCACCUCCGACGAGGAAGGAAAUCCGACCUUCCGCGUUCGUAACAAACGGUCUGGAAACGUGGAGAACUCUGUCGGGCUGGAGUUUCUGGCUCCGGGCAGGAGCGUCGAGCUUGCCGCCAAGGACCUGGAAAAGGGCGUGUGCCUGCUGGCCUUCAUGCCAACGACAAAGAAUCAAAGGGGAUGGUUCAAGGUGGUUGUGAGCCGAGUGGAGAAGGCGGCGAACGUCGUCAAAAUGGCGUUUGGAACGGUGUUUGUCUCGUCUCGGGAACAAAUCAAGGACCAGCGCAUCUUCUUCGUCCACAAUGCGCUCAAAUUCCCAGAAUUGGUGCCGCGAGAGCAGUGGACCAAGGAAGGAGACUGGAUCAGCCUCAGGAAGCCGUGCGAUCGUUGCUUUGAAGACCCGAGUGUGAAGUGCCGAGCGUGCUGCUGCGUUGUCUGCGGCGAAAAAGGUGGAGAAAAAGCGCUAAUCACGUGCGGCGAUUGCAUAAACUCAUGUCACGUGGCCUGCGCCAACUCGGCAUCCAAAAAUCUCGACAGUGACAAGAAGUGGUUGUGCACAGGUUGCUGCUUUGUGGAGGAAGAAAUGCAGGCCAUGUUCGGCAGCAAGGACGGUUCCAAGGCCAAGGAGGAGCCGAAGACGCCAAAGACGGCUGUCCCGCCUGUCAGUGCGGCCGUGGUGGUGCCAGAAAAUCACUUUGGGAAAAUCCCUGGCGUGCCCAGCGGCCGACUCUGGGCCUCCAGGAAGGACGUGUGCUUCUGGGGCGUGCACCGGUCGCUGGAGGCGUCCAUGUGCGGCGCCAUCAACGUCGGAGUGCAGAGCUUGUGUCUGUCGGACAGCCUCGAAGGCGACUACGACGACGGACACUGGCUCGAGGUGUCGGGCGGCCGCGACUCCAAGACCAGACCCCGCAGACUGGCCGGACUAGAUCUGGCGCUGGCGCAGUCUUGCUACGCUGGACUGAACGCGAAAGAGGGCGCCGUGUCCGUCGACUGGAUGAAAGGCCUGCCCAUCAGACUCGUCCGCGGCCACAGAUUCGGACAGGUGUCCCGAUUCGCCCCUCCUGAGGGCUACAGGUACGAGGGAAUUUUCAAGGUGAAAAGGUACUUCAAGAAGGGCGCAGUGUGGAGGUUUGAGCUGAGGAGAGACGACAAUGAGCCUCCUCCGUGGUCCAUGAGCGGCGUGAAUUUCAUGAUCAGCAGGGGCGUCGGCUUCCUCGAGGGUAUCAUUGACGAGAGGCCACUGAAGCGGAAGCUGCCGGUGGAAGGAGUGACAUUGAAGAAGGAAAGGGUGGCCUACGUCCUUCCCCCGACCGUCAACGCCCUGAUCAAGGAAGACCUGGCCAAUGGCAGCAACUGGGAGGACCUGAGAGCCCACCUUCAGUUUGGCUACCCUGACUUCAUCGCUGCCCUGGUCAGGAAGUUUGCUUGCUGCGUCUGCAAAGGGGUGGUCAAAGAGCCAAUCACCCUGUCCUGCGGCCACAACGCUUGCCUCCUCUGCUACCAAAAGUUGGUUGCCGAGGCUUCGGACAAGUUGCGCUGCCCUCGCUGCACUCGCUGCAAUGCAGUUGUCCAGGAGAAGGAUGCUGGGGUCAAUCGCCACCUGGACCAGAUCCUCAACGCCCUUCUGCCAGGGUACAACCCAAAGGAGGCGGCGCCCAAGCCGUUUUCUCUGCUGCUCAAAUCCAAGCAGCCCAAAAAGUAGGAAAAGCAUCUCGUUUCUUUGGUAGUCUAGUUUUUCAUCUGUGAAUGCAAAUGAGAGUCAACUUUAAUUUUUAUAAACAAGCAAGGACAUCAUGAUGUUCUGAGACAAUCUAUUAUUAUGCAAGUUCAAGAAUCUUUAUACCAAUAUUGAAAGAAGUAUUUGCCUUUUUGUUCUUUCAAAUAUGUCUGACAGUUGUAACGAAUAAAUUAAUUUUUGUU